AUGGAAUUUAUACGGAGGAAAAUGAAGACUAUUGUUUUUCUGAAUGCACUGGCAACAGUUGUCUGGUGUGCCCCUUCGCUCUGCGACCCUGAAGACGAAUUUCUAGGUAAAGUAGGCCAACUCUGCUGUUUAUGAUAACGCACAUGAUGUGUUUGUGCAUAGGAAAGAAAUCAUAGUGUUUCGGCUAGUUCUGAAAUAAAAGUGCAUGGUUCAGAAAUAUUUCAUUAUAUCUCAGACAAGACAUGCAAACUGUGAUGCUUCUAUUCACCAUUUUUAUUUACAAGCCAACAGUAACAAGAAUAAAAAAUAACCUCGUGUCACAAAUGAGUGCGAAAUAAAAUCCUUAUUUUUCUUUAGAGAAUUAUUAUAGAAUUGUAGACUAUAAAGAUUGAGGUAGAUAUUCAUCACUAGUGAGAGGUCACAUGAUCCAAAGAAUGACAAUUCUCAGCAUGAAUAAGUAUUUACUGAAAGACAGACAUUUGGGAGGAGAGAUGGUGAAGCAAGAUAAGAGCAGACUUUAUAUUGCCACAAUAACGCUGGUGAUAAAUGCGAUUCUGCCAUCUAGUGUUAAAUGCAUGACAGCAACUAACAAUAAUUUUGUCUUUCAGGUAGCUUUUGCAAAGAACCAGAACCAGAACAACGUAUGUAAAUGUUAUCUUCUUCAAUAAAUCCUUCAACUCAUGUAAAUGUGUUGUUUGUAAAGCCUUGGUGACAACAUAUGCAAAGGUUAUUAUGACUAACUGACUAUUCUAAACCAAUUGAAAGCAUCCUAACAUGAUGUGUGCAUUGCAUCACAGUCACAUAGCUUAGUACUUACUGUUCAUACAGAAAGAAGGCCUAAAGGACCGUACAUUUAUAGCAUGUUAUCAAACCACAGGUUGAACUACCUAUCACACUUUUAAAGAUGAAGUCUUACUAUGUGAUUAGGCUAAAUGGGAUAUUAUGGCCUUAAGGCCGAGCUAUCAAUACUAUUUUUGGAUGAUAAAUGGCUGUAUGAAAUAUUCACAUUUUAAUCUCCACUGAUAAUAGAAAUAUUUGAACUUGAUAAUUGUCAGUACUGCAGAGAGGUAGCUAGCUAUAUGAGACAAUAAAAAAGUUUUAGACAAAGGGAUGGAUUCUUGCAUGCAUAUCCAUAUGACCAUUUGAUAUCAGGUUAUGUACGUUUUCCAUGCCAAGGAAAUGAGUAAUGAGCCUUAUUGUGUACUGAACAUUUUAGCUAUGUUUCUUAAACAAAUGAACUGAGAACAAAUGUAAAGGUACAAGAGCAAGAACAACUUGGCCAAUACCCCUAAACAUCCUGAUUUACAAUGGAGAGAACAUAUGGGCUCAUAAGCAGCAUCUUGCAAGCAGGUUAACACCACGCCUACCUGAAAAUUAUUUAUAACAAACAAAUUGUUCUAAGAAUAUUUUGCCACCCAACUUACAAAAGCAUCCAAAGGUCUCACAGAAGUUAAUUGCAAAGAUUCCAUAAAAUUAUAAGACAAUAAAUGGUAUUAUGACACAUUGCAUAAUGAUGUUACAUUACAUGUAACCUAUUGAUGUAACGGUAUGUAUUCUAUGCAUUGAUGAUUCAACACGGUAAGCUACAUUCAGAUCACACUCACCAUAUAAUACUGAAUAUCUUCCAUCUGUCCUGCUCCUUGGUUGCCUCUUUUUUUCUACCCAGCCAAGUGCAUGGACAUCAUGAUGAACUACUGCGACGACAUGUCCUACACCCACACAAUGUUCCCCAACAUCCUGGGCCACAGGACCCGCGAGGAGGCUGAGCUGGGCCCCGAGUACCUCCUCCUCAGUGUGGUCCACAACUUGCUCAAUGGAGAGUGCACCCCGGACAUCCGCAUGCUAGGCUGUUCAGUGCUGGUGCCUCGCUGCGAGAAGGAGAAGGUUUGAUGCUAACAAUGGAUAACAUAAUAAAACCAGAGAAUGUAACAACUUUCAAUAAUAAAAAUACAUUCAAUUAAAUUGCACUCUAUAUAUACUCCCAACAAUUGAAUGGGUAAACCUAAUAACCAACAUUUCGGUAAUGCAGUGCCUUCUUCAGUUAAAAAACCCAGCGCUUUCAAUAAUUGAAUAACGUUUUAUUUUAUAAUGUAAGGUGCUCAAGCCGUGCAGGAGUACGUGUGAGGCGGUGAGGAAGAACUGUCACCACGCCUUCGAGGGCAUCGAGAUGGCGUGGCCAUACUUCCUGGACUGUGACCGCUUCUUUGUCAGUGACCAGGAGGGCUGUUACGACCCACUGGAGGGCCUACGAGGUAACGACCACAGUUUAACUGGUGUGUCAUACAAAUUAAUAUCAAUCUAUGAUAGUGACAACAGUAUGACACUAACUGUGUAGUAUGAUGUUGACUCAAAUAAUAUUUUCAUGCAUAAAACAAUCCCUUGAGCAAAAUGUACAACUAGAGAGAACCAUGUGUGUCAAUAUUAUUACAAGAUUAUGUCAAUGGCAACUGAGAAUGCAGUUUCUAUCCAGUGUCACGACUUCCACCGAAGCCUGCCCGAACCAGGAGAGGAGGCAGCUUCGGAGGAAGUCGUGACAUCCAGAUUAAUGACAGUCGCCUGGUUACCACAUGAGCCCUUGUGGCACACCUCAAGAAUGUACUUAAACUAUUUAUAGGUCAAUUCAAAUGCCUUCUUACAUUAACAUUCACCGUUUUUUCAGAUUAUUUUAUUAUGCUGCAAUCCUCUCAACACAUGGACAUAUCUACUUUAAAACUUAGGCUUAUGUGACCUAGAAAUUAUCUAUAUUUGUAGCAACUAUACAAAGCCCUCAAAAAGAACCUAUAAGCAAGAUGUUAGAGAUUUGACAACCGCAAUAACAUUAUGUGUGAGCCAUAUGGGAACGUAUGUAAAUGUGUCACUUUGUUGGCACUAGGCAAUGGCGUUAACAUAUCUGCCAUUAAUAUCUUGCCUCGUACAAGAUAUAUGAUUUUUAACAAGUCUCUGAAUUCACACUGAUAGGUAACAGACAACUGUAGUAUAUGUUCACCAGAGCAGUAAUCAGUCUAACUUGAGUUCAGUACAGUUUUUCUCCCUGUAGCUGCAACCAACCAACCACUCCAGCUGUGUGAUUGCUCUGAGUGUUAUGAGUCCUCUCUUCCUGUGUACUCUCUCUCUCUGUUUAUCUCUACAGCUGCUCUAUGCCACCAUUAACAAGUCCUACAGUAGCCUAUACCGACACAAUAACAGUUCAUGUAGCCAUUUUUGCUGAAAUAUAUCAUAAAUAUGCAUAUUAUAUAUAUGAUGAGUAUAGAUAUUCACACAGAUGGUGGUACCACAUUUUGCAUAACAGCUUUUAGUGUAGUAUGAAAUCUGUUUCCAAAAAUAUAUUUGAUUCUAACUGAAACACAAGCAGAUGUCUGGCAACCCUAGUAAGCUAUGUAAUUAUUUCCAUGCUGAUAUUUACUUUGUCUUAUGUUUCAACUUUGUUCGGUUUCUUACCUUUUAGGUCUGACACAUUUGCCUAAAUGAGCACAUUUAUACAGGAGGGACGGGGCUAGAAUGUAGACCUUUUCCACUUUCUGACAUGAGAUGAAAGACUAAGACCUCAUUUAGUAAUGGGGUAUCUUGAUAUACACCCAAUGAGGCGGUUUAUUGAAGCAUGGUUAUGCUUUCAAAUGUAACUUUUCUGUGACACUGAAUCAAAAGUCACACUUGCUAGUUAAUACAAAAGUGUCAUAAACUGGCUUGGAACAAUAUUGACCUUUUAUAUGUUUGGUUACACUUUAUAAUAACUUCCACAAAUAAGCAAUUAUACUUAUAACUGUUAGGUGCUUAUAAAUGCUUUACAAAUCACUAUCAUACAGUGUCACCAUCUCUUGUUUAUCAUAGCGAUACAGAAGGAAGCCCAGGCCAGUAUAGGUAAUACCUCUGAGAAGCCUCAUACUGUCAUCCAGUUCAGCUACCACUCUAAUGCCCAGAUGAACAGCAUCCUGAAGAAGACUGCAGCAAGAUGCCCUGAAAUCGCCACGACCUACAGCAUUGGCCGCAGUGGGGAGGGCAAAGACCUGCUAGUGAUAGAGUUCUCAAACAACCCUGGAGUACAUGAACUGCGUAAGUACUAACGGUCCUCUAUGCGUUACAGUGUGAGUCCUGGGAAUGCUAUUUCUUAAACUGUGUAUUAUGUCUCUCAAUGCUAUUCAAUUAGGGGCUGAUUCCAACUUAGGAAUUUACGCCAUUCCUACGCACGCCUUUCCUACGCACUUCAGUAUUUGGUAUUCAGAUUUACCUUAUUCAGUCGCACAACGUGCCCUGCAGGUGUGGCUACCUUGCGUGCUCUGAAUAAAUGUAAUUCAACUGCUGAAAACCCUCCUACUUGCUGGCCAACAGAUUUCAUUCAAUAGGGUUUUCAGUACAUUUAUCUUAAGCCAUCCCUUUAAAUACGGUGUACCUUUUAGUUAGAAUUUUGUUGACAGACUCGAGAGAACAAGUUCAGAAUAUUAGGGAUCAAUGAAAGAAAGCCAUCUAAAUAUAUGCAUAUUCGUCUCCGUUUCAGCACCAAUUGGUAGAUUUAUAAAUACUCUGAUCUUGUAGAUUAUUUAGGUUUAGGAAAGUAUUAAAGAGUAAUAAAAAACAGGUUUGGAGAGCCUUUACGCAUGACAGAAAGAAAACGGUGGUUUGAUUCAACCCAUGGUAAUGUUGGAAGAUUAGUGUACAUAUAAUUAUAAUAGGGAGAAUAGUGUACAAUAGUAGACUAUACCCUCGUCUGUUGCCUGCACUAACCAUGGAACUGUGUGAUGACAUGGCCAAGAUGACACGGCCAAGUAUUGCGGCAUUCGUUGGGUUACGGCUUGGUCUGCGCUCCGCUCCGUAACGAUUUAAUUAGCUUACAUGUCAUUUUUUGUAUAUUAUCAACUGUUACUAAUGAUCCUUAGCAACAACCACACAGCCAUGACCAAGGAAGCAAAUGAAUGUAAACUAAACAAUGGAAUUAAAUGGAAUGCUAAUGUAGGCUAUACAAACUGAAGGGAACUAACAGUCAAUUGGCAGUUGAAUAUGUGUUGUUAUUAGGCCUACUGAUGGUCGAUACUGAUAGUGGUUAAUAUUUAACAUGAUAGAAAUAGGACACAGAGAAAGUCGGGGUAGACUAUCAUUAAGAUAUUCGAGACUGCCCAUCCCUGCAAGUUAAAAGGCCAUACAAUUUACAUUCUGCAUAAUGGCACAGCAUUUCAUCAUCUUUACUGUGUGAAAGUUGAUAUGUUGAUAUGCUUCAGUUUGCUGCCAUGUGACUGGUUCUACAUUUAUCUCCAGCGAUUAUAAGGUCAAAUAGAUCUAAAACAAGUGUCAUUUAACCUAUAUUUACAAUUCCCUUAUCCAAAUGUAUUACUCAUGUACCUAGCUCGUAUCAAUAUCUCUUAUCGAGUUGUAAAUUACAGUGCAUAAAGAGUGGUGUUAUUUCAAUCGAAAAAAUUAAGUAGAUGCUUCUUCCACUUACCGGUAGGUUCGUUGGACCUUAUUCAUGGUUUCCUCGUGCGUAACGGUGAUGGAAUUAUCAGGGAAUUCUACUUUUUUUAUCCCUUAUUUUACCCGGUAAGUUGACUGAGAACACAUUCUCAUUUACAGCAACGACCUGGGGAAUAGUUACAGGGGAGAGGGGGGGAUGAAUGAGCCAAUUGGAAGCUGGGGAUGAUUAGGUGGCCAUGAUGGUAUAAGGGCCUGAUUGGGAAUGUAGCCAGGACACCGGGGUUAACACCCCUACUCUUACGAUAAGUGCCAUGGGAUCUUUAGUGACCACAGAGAGUCAGAACACCUGUUUAACGUCCCAUCCGAAAGACGGCACCCUACACAGGGCAAUGUCCCCAAUCACAGCCCUGGGGCAUUGGGAUAUUUUUUCAGACCAGAGGAAAGAGUGCCUCCUACUGGCCCUCCAACACCACUUCCAGCAGCAUCUGGUCUCCCAUCCAGGGACCAGGACCAACCCUGCUUAGAUUCCGAGGCAAGUCAGCAGUGGGAUGCAUGGUCAGAAUAUGACGUAUCUGUAGACACACCUCCGCCACACCUUCAUUUAUUUGAGCUCCACCCCGGUGAAUAGCAUGCUAUUCUAAUGCUUAAGUUCAAGGUCAGAAUACACAGAGAGAAAAGUGCAUAAAAAGGGGAUUAUGUUCCAUUUACGCACGCUUAACUCGGGUCGGAAUCGGGCCCUUAAUUACUAUUUCGCCAAUGUCCACGUUUCUAAAUGUUGCACAUGACUGUAAGCUGCUGUCUUGGCCAAGUCUCCAUUGAAAAACAGAUAAUUCAUCUCAAUGGACUUUCUGGUUGAAAGCAUUUAAAAGAAGUCCCUAUCCUGUCGCUCUAUAUCAACAGUUGAACCAGAGAUGAAGUACAUAGGAAACAUGCAUGGGAACGAGGUGCUGGGUCGCCAGCUGUUGAUCUAUCUGGCCCAGUACCUGUGUUCAGAGUACCUGCUGGGGAACCAGCGCGUCCAGACCCUGAUCAACACCACGCGGAUCCACAUCCUGCCCUCCAUGAACCCAGACGGUUACGAGCUGGCUGCCGCCGAGGUCCAGGACACCAUCGACCCUGAGAACGAGGAGGUAGGUUGAAUCGACGUUGUUGACACGUCAUUUAAAUAUUUUGUUGUAUUAUCAAUGUGUAAAACGAAUUGCAUUUGCCAGAAAGGUAUUAAUGUAUUAGGGUAUUAAUGCAGUUUCCCAGCUUUUUUGGAAAUUCAACAACGGGCCUCAAUAUUUGGUUUAAACUAUGGCUGAUUUCACAUUACUUGACAACACAGAUCCUACAGUAUGCUUUGAUAUGUCUGCUGUGACUCACAGACCAACCUAACUACCACUGUAUGAACUAUACAGGCUCAGAACUACAACAGCUGGACCCUGGGUCGAGGCAACGCCCAGAACAUUGACCUGAACAGGAACUUCCCUGACCUGACCGCCAUCGUCUACAGCCGGCGCAGACACAGACGUUUCCGUAGCGACCACAUCCCAAUCCCAGAUGCUUACUGGUUUGGUAAGGUACAGUAUGAAUUCCUAUCCAUUUACAUCCAUGCUUGCAUUUUGUGUGGGAUUUUAUGCUUGCGGACAAUAAUACAUGCAUCAAAUAUUGUGCAGUGACGACUGCUUUCAAUGUAAUUUGGAAUUAUUGAUGUGUAAUGUAUCUUCAAUGUUAGAUAUCAACGUUUGAAUUGAGUUUUGAUUACCAAUCAUUAAGUUUUAAUUGAAAACUUGAUGAUUGGUAAUUGUUGUUAACCGUCACCUGAUUGUGCCGUGUUAUGUCAUCAUUUCCAAAACCCUGUGUUGUAUUGAUGUGCCCAGCAAAAGAUGUUGACUGUAAUUGAUAUGCUCGUCUUUAUGUGUGUCAUAAUGCAGGUAGCUCCAGAGGCAUACGCAGUCAUGAAGUGGAUCAGAUCCAUUCCAUUUGUGCUCUCAGCUAACUUCCACGGAGGGGAGCUGUUGGUGUCCUACCCCUACGACCUCUCCAAACACCCACUAGAGCAGACGAUGUUCUCCCCCACGCCAGACGAACAGGUAAGCAGGACUGACAGCAACAUGUACAGUCAAUAGGACAACAGCACUCUCCAAGAUGGACUGCACUUUAAGAUCUGAAGUGUGUCUAUUGCAGAGAGAAGUCCGAUUGAUUGUUCAUGCUCUACAUUUAUAAUGAUUAAUCACCCCAUUCUUGGGAUUUUUUAAAUGUUUAUUUCCUUGACAGUCAUCAUGUAACAGACAUGUAAAGAAAGCAAAAAAUGUAUCUUAGCUGCUAACAAAUCAAACUAACGUAACAAAUAAAAUGUGAAGGUAAACAGAACUACCAAUUAUAUUUUGUAUGAAUACGACCAAAAUAAUAUAUUUUUUUAUUUUUGGCUGCAGGUAUUCAAGCAAAUAGCGAGAACAUAUGCAGAUGCCCAUGCCACCAUGUCAGAAAACUCCGGAAGGUGUGAUAGCUUUGGCAGCAUCGGCCAGGAUGGCAUCAUAAAUGGAGCAAAGUGGUACAGCUUUGCAGGUGGUAAGUAAAAAAAACAAACAGUCAAAUUAAAUACAGUCCAGGACUGUUGAAGUAAAGAUAUAGCGGGUGGCUGGUGGCACCUUUAAUUUGGGAGGACAGACUCAUAGUAAUGGCUGUAAUGGAAUGAAUGGAAUGGUAUCAAUCCAUUCAGUCCAUCACAGCUAUUAUUAUCAAAUGAAAGUUUCCUGGUCACGUACACUGUUUAGCAGGUGUUAUAGCAGUGCAGCAAAAUACUGAUGUCACUAGCUCCCACCAAUGCAGUCAAAUGUCAAACAGCUGGAAUGUAAAGAAAAGCAAUAAAUCAAGAACGGCGGGAAACAAACAUUCUUAUGAACCGUCCUCCCCUCACCUGCCUCCUGUGAUUGAAAUAGCUGACGCAGGCUCAAUGAAAACUUGCACUUAAUAAGCACGUUAUAUUGUGAACUAUGUCCGCCACCUGGUGGCGCCUUCAGUUAUUGUCACUAUUCUGAAGAUGGCGAGUUAAUCAUUUCUAUUACAUUUACAUUUGAGUCAUUUAGCAGACGCUCUCAUCACUGGUACAUUGUGCUUCUCGUCAUGUGACCAGGUAUGCAGGACUUCAACUACCUCCACACUAACUGUUUUGAGGUGACGGUGGAGUUGGGCUGUGAUAAGUUCCCAGCUGAGGGGGAGUUAUACACUGGCUGGAAGGACAACAAAGAGGCUCUGCUCACAUUCAUGGAGUCGGUGAGAGACUUUAAAGCCAGCAUUUCAUUACAAAAACAUCACUCCUUUUCACAAAUCUGAGACGAGUUCUCCACUAACCCUGCGUCCCAAUGUUUCCCAGGUCCACCGUGGAAUAAAGGGAAUAGUAAAGGAUGAGGACGGGAACGGAAUCAAAGGGGCAAGGAUAUCUGUCAGAGGAAUAAGGCAUGACAUCACCACAGGUAAUGUCAGCCUCUCCAAUUGGUCAUUUUCACCAGAAAAUGUCAGUAUGACUCUGGGUGGUAAGCAUUAGAUUAAAAAACGUCCUCACUCUCUCUCUAGCUGAAAACGGAGACUACUGGCGCCUGCUAACCGCCGGCAUCCACAUCCUGACCGCGUCUGCACCGGGCUACACCAGAGCCAUGAAAAAGAUCCACCUCCCGGCACGCAUGCAGAAAGCAGGCCGGGUGGACUUUGUCCUGCAGAAGGCUGUGAUGGAGCCUGACAUGGAGGAGGACUAUAGAAUCCCGUCCAUGGGGACCUAUGAGCACUUCGACCCCUACAACCAGUUUGAGCGCUACACCAUUAGCGAGCAGAACCAGAACAGAGAGGAGAGGCAGGAGAAACCGUGGUGGUGGAGCUACUUUAACCACGCCCAUGGCUCCGCCCCCACCUGGCUUCUCAGAAACUAGCCCUUCCCCUAAAUAUAAAUAGAAUCCUCUAUGGCUCCCACUCCUCCUAUAACCUCCUUUCUCAACUCUGGUCCCCGAUUACCAUCAAGGGGUGCACAAAACUCCUACAAGUCAAUACUAGCACAC